AUGUAUGGUGCGGAGAUGUUUGAACCCAAGCUCCUUCGAGCCGUCGAAGCGAACAGCAUCCCAGAUGUCCAGGACAUAAUCCAACAGGCCAAGGCCAGGGGCCAAUGCACCGAGUCCUUCCUCUCCAUUGGCCUCGUGAGAGCCUGCGACAAGAACCUCGUCGAUGCGGCGAGGUUUUUGCUUUCACAAGGCGCGAAUCCGGACUACACUUCUGGAAACAAGCCGCCGAGUCUGUUGCGUGCGGCUGAAUAUGGGCUCAAGGGCAUCGCGGAGACGCUGAUCGAUCAUGAUGCGAAUCUCGAAGCUCGCGAUAAGAAAGGGCGGACGCCGUUGAUGACUGCUGCUUGGAGGGGGCAUAUGAACAUUGUUCAAGUUUUGCUUACCAGAGGGGCGAAUAUCGAUACGGUGGAUCUCAGGCGGCGGAAUGUUCUGCAUAAUAUUGCGGCUGAUAAGGGCGAUCAGAAGAAUCACGCAAAGGCAGGGAUGCUGCGACGACCUGUUUUUGAACUCCUCUACGCUCGCGACCCGCUAGACCAAACGAAACACUCUAUCAGCACACUGCCCAAGAACAUCAAAGCGACCAACUUUCGAUGGAUUCAUCUCCCUGCAAACAAUAUCGCCUGGUGUGAUGCCCUCCUAACGAAGCGAUUCAUCGAAGAAGGCGGCACGGACAUCGAUGGGUACAAAGCGCUCGCGACGUCUUUCAAUCAUCAGCAUAGGGGACAGCAGCAUCACUCGAGAUUCAUGAGGCCAAUGUGUCAGGCCGUGCAGCGGGCUACUGCGGACUUUGAGGACAGCGGUUCAGAUGCGCCGGUGGUGCUUGUUACGGAGCCGGCAGCACUGGAGACUGUCAAGGAGGCUAUCGUUGAGGCUUCGGCUGGGGCGAAGGAUGAGAGGGUUGAAGGGACGGGUCGUUUGGAGAGACAGAAGAGUCCGCCGUCUGUGGCAGGAGGACCUGAGCUUCCAAAGGCUGUGAGGCAGCGGGCGAAGGGUGGCAAGCAGCAGGGUGGUGGUGUACCGGAGGCGUCUGAACCCACUGGGUCUGCUACGAAACCUGCGAAGCCGACCAUUCAGAGAAAGGAGACGUCGUCUACUGUGGCUGCUUCGGAGUCUUCAACGUCGUCGAGAUCGAAUAAGGCGAACAGUACUUCGGCUAAAGGACCAAAGUCUCAAAGGAAGGCAACAUCUCGCAAGGACUCGACGAAGAGCAGCAAUGGAAUCACCACUGACAGGUCUCGCUCCUCGAACAUCUUUCUCUUCCUCCCAUACCUCCACUUCGAGACCGAGCGUCGACGCCGAGAGAUGCAGAACGUUCUCGAGAAUCCCGACUGUCUUCUGAACCUAGACCUAUCGACCCGCGCCGACGAGGUCCUCUUUCGAGCACAUCUCGCCAAAACAAACUCCUUCCUGCAUGUUCGUCGUACGCUCGACCAAUUCUUCUACCACAACAUCGACACCACCUCGCGAGAUUGCGAUCAGGUCGUCUUUCGCUUCCAGCAGAAACACCACAAAGACCCCGAGUACGAACCGAAGGUCUUCAUGGUAGAUCAACUCUGGAUGUGGAUUCUGGGCAAAGACCUCGUGGUGACGAGUUUCCCGCAGCGAUGGAGACAGCCGAGGAAUGACCCUCUGAAUGUGCUAGAGGGCAUCAUCGAGGAUAUCAAUUCCAAGACGAGAGAACCUGUGCAGAAUGUAUAUGAAUUGGCGACGACAAUCGCGGGGAGAUGUUUCGGGACGUUCGAUCGGCAUCGGAAGGGUGAUGAUGAUUUCCAGUUCCUGGAUAUGUUCGAAGCGAGUAUCGGAGCCGCCAUGGACGGCGAAGCGACGCUCUUCCAGGAAUUCUCGCAGGCUUCGCGGCAGGCGUCGGAGUGGCUGCAGAGUCAUCAGAGGGGGAAUCGGCUCUCGAGGAAUCUGGAGGCGGAGGAGAAGGCGAGACAUCACGCUGCGAAGCACCACGCACAGGAUGUGGAUGAUGAGGAAGGCGAUAAUGAGCCGCAAUUCGUGGACAAACUCCUCGACGUUGGCUCUGAGACCGAUCUGUUAGCUGAGAUUAAGGACAUCCGCGAUGAGCUCGAUAUCAUCCGCAUGGUGCUAGGUCAUCAGGAACACCUCCUUCCGGAGCUUCGAGAGGCGAUUAAGAGCGUCUAUCGUCUUGAGCGCUCACACUUCCACCUUCGCAAGAUUGAUAAAGUCUUCGAAGAGCAAGAGAAAACGAUCUCAAACCCGCUGAAAGACAUCAACCGAAUGGACCAACAAGCCCAACGAAUCUACGAAUCCAUCCGCGACCUCCUCGACCUGAAACAAAAACACGCCAACGCCUUCGAAGCACGCUUCGCCCGCGACCAAGCCGCCGGCACCCAGCGCCAGGGCCAAACCGUCAUGGUCUUCACCAUCGUGACCGUCAUCUUCCUCCCGCUCAGCUUCAUCGCCGCCAUCUUCGCCAUCAACAUCGAAGAAUUCCCGCACAACGCCCAGACGGGCAACCAGCAAAUGUCCAUCACCUACGUCUCGCGCUACGUCUUCGGCGUCGGCCUCGCGAUCAGCAUCCCCUGCAUCGCUCUCGCGCUCACGGUCGACGAAGUCGGCUACGCGGUUGCGGAGGUGAAGCGUAAGGUCCGGGUGCGCUUGGCGGAGUGGAAGAGAAGGCGGAAGCAUGUCCCGGAGGAGCAGAGUGGGAAUAUUAUAGGCGAAGAGCGGACUGCUCCAGCAGCCGUUGUUAGGCCAAAGCCUGAUUUCACUAGCGCGGCCCAAGUAGGACUUCGCGAACGCGGCCGUUGUAGCGGCUCCUUUCGGUUCCUGGAUAGUGGAUACGAUAGUCUGUCUUUGGAACAACCAAUAUCGACCACAUGA